AUGGCACCGGCCUCCCCAAUUGUGCAUGAUGCCGUUGUGGACUACGAGGGCCUGGGCCAUCAGCAGGCCCAGCCAGAGGCGCGCACCUCUCGCAAGUGGUACUUCCUUGGCGCCGGCCUAGCUCUUCUCGGCGUCGCCGGGGUCGUGGCCAAGGCCACAAGCUCCGGUGGUGCUCUGUUUUCCUCGAGUUCCGGACUGAAAGGUACCAUCCAGGCCGCUGAGACCUGGGAGGAGCUGCCGGGUAUUGACAAGGUCAUUCGCAAGGCUCAGAGCUUGAAGCAGGACAAGCCAAUGCGCAAUCUGCAGGAUCUCUUCUAUGACUCCCAGCCUGAGGAGCUGCCUUGGAUCAGAACGGAGUGCGUCAUUGACACCGUCCAGGCAGCCGCCUACCUCGGCCAGGCUGUCGUGUUCCUCUACAAGGCCAUUGACUACGACGGCCUUGAGUGCCCGAACAACUCUCCGGUUGGAUGCGCCGCCAGCGUCGCAGGCUUCAUCACGUCCAUCAGCUGGAUCGCCUCGUACCUCUCCUUUGCGGCGAACGCCUGUGGCCAGGCUGUCAACAACGGUGCGUUGUGCGCUGGCGACUUCACAGCUCUCAUGGCCAACUUCGGCGAGAUCGCCACCGUGGGCGCCGCUGCCCGGGCGGACUGCAACUUCGGCAAGAAUGCCCUCCAGAUCCUCACGCGCACGGAGACGAUCUCCCCUCCCUGGAAGGAGUUCGUCCCGGCAGGAGCGUCCCCGGCGGUCGACAAGGCCUUGAAGGUCAAGGGCCACAAGGACCAGCAGCGCAAUCGCGACUACGACAUCGUGCAGUGCGCCGUGGACGUCACCAACUCCGCUUCCUACAUCGUCCGAGUCAUCCUCCAGAUUCGUGCCGCGGGCAGCGCUUGUGCCGACCCGAAGUCCUGCGCUGUUGGCAUCAUGAACAUCAUUUCCUCCUUUGCUUGGAUCUCCCAGUUUACGGCCCUCGCCGUCUCGGACUGCCAAGUGGGUGCCGACCAGAAGGCCCUGUGCACUGCAGACAUCUCCGACAUGGUGGCCGCGCUCACCAACGGCCCGGCUGCCGGCAUCGCCUCCACUUCGGAUUGCGCCGACCUUUAA